AUUAGACUGUAAAAAAAACAUUUAGUGCCAACACAGUUUCCCUUUUUUUUAUUACAAACACAGUAAAAACUGAUUGAGUAACUCUAGUGUAAACCUCAACGCAAUGGGCACUUUGCAUGUCUGUUUCGCUGACCUGCCGCAGUACGGAAAACCCACUCCGCCCAUAGACGUCUCACCAUUAGCCACCACCAGCAACCAAAUAGAAACACUGUGUGAGUUAAGUGAUGCUGCUGUUGAUGCCGCCGACUCCCCUUCAGCAAUGACGCAACAAACCGACCCAAACCAGGACAUGCCGCCAUGCAGCCUAUCGCCUGGUGCUAACAGCGCGCACAGCAUAUCGCCAACUCCACGCUACGAACGCAAUAUUAGCUUCUUUCAUCAACUCAGCCGCCGUUUUGGACUGCUGCGCUCCAGCGAUGACCCAGUUUUUAGUGCUGCCGAAGAUGACUCGACCGAUUCGUGCUCCUCGACUACGGGCGCAUUGCCGCCAAUGCAGCGUUCGACCGGUGCAUCGACGACGUCAUCGUUAUGCGCGCCAAAUGGCGGCGACAUCAACACUUUGAGCAGCAAUAGCAACAUUAGCGGCAAAAGUGGAGCACACUUACACACUAGCAACGGCGCGUGCCUGAAGGACGGCCACGGCUCGAGCAGUGAACAUAUUUCAUGCGCCUCCAGUGAGACGAGCAGCACUAUCGACAUUGAGGAAUCACAAGAACAACAAAUGUGUUCACCAAAAGCGGAUGCCGCCACCGCCACCGCCACCAAAUUGUCACCAACCAAAGAGCGACGCUCCAGUGCACGCGCCAGCUUCUCACGCCUUCAACGUCGCUCCACAUCUUCCUUGCGACGCGCAUUCGAAAGUUUCUCAUUGUCAACGCGUUCACUUUCAUGCAGCGGUGCGACACCAACUGCUGCUAACACGCCCGUAAACGCACAGCAGGCGGCACAACGCUCCGGCAACGGCAACACGCCCAUCAAAUCGGCACUCAAAUAUAAUUCCAAUGUUGAAUUGAAUAGAAAGUUGCAAGCCGGUGGUGGCGGUGGUGGUGGUGGCGGUGGUGUCAUUGGCGCCUGGCAUACGUCAUAUUCGGCAUCGAGUUUACAGCUAGCGUCGUCAGCAGCUGGCAGUUCGUCGUCGUCGUCGACAUCAAAGUCAUCAUCGAAAGGCAAGACAAAGCCACCGCCGCAGCGUAUACUUCGGCAGCCUGUCUCCUAUACGUAUCUGAAGGGCAUAUCCGGUCUGCCGACACAACGAGUGCCUCGCAGCGCUGUCUGCUGUCAGUAUGCAAGGCGUUGAAAGCACUAAGCGGCGAUUGCCAUCAAAGGCGCGGAGCGUAGAGUUUUAGAUACCGUUAAAGUGUUCAGCAUACAUACAUACAUACAUACAUACUCGUUCAACAUAGAGCAUAUUGAGGGCCAAAGAAUUAUGGGCGGUUUUGCCUAUGCCACUAAUACAUACAUACAUAUAUCACACGACUAGUUAGUUGACAGUUCGAGAGUUCAAGAGUUUGUUGUUGUUGUUGGUUUGCGUUGAAGUGACGUACAUGAACGUACAUAUAAUCCGUAGUAGAAAGUUUUUGCCAUGCAUUUGGGUAUUAGUGUGCGCAUAGAA